GCCUAUACCAACCUGAAAAAUUUUACACAGUAGAAUUGUCAUUUUAUACCGAGAGAGAGUAGACAGGUGUAGCGCGUUUUUUUAUUUAUUUAUUUAUAUGGGCAAAUUUGAAAGUUGUUACAUUUUAUGUAUGGUAUAACGAACUAAGCCAGCCAAACGAAAACUUACUAUGGUGAACGUUAGCCUGUCGUACGAGAUCCUACUGUACCUAAAUUCAUUCUAUUUCGGUAUGUUUGGCAGUUGCGAAUUCGCAAUGGGAGUUUUGAAGGCAAUAAACUCGUCCUACUUGAAAUAUACACCCCAGCAACUGCAGCAGGACGUCUGUAUACUGGUUGCAACACUAAUAUUAGAAACGAUUCGAGUCUAUUUGGGGAGGAAAGGUUCUCUGAGCGAACACGGAUGGCACGUUAUAGUGUCCGUUAUACUGACAAUACCUUGCGGGAUGGGAACGUAUUACCUUUUAUUUAUACAGUUUAUGCCACUGAAAUUGGAAGCGAUUCUCUGUGGCUUAAUGUUAGCCCUACAGAUCAGCGAACUGUUAUACGGAAUCAUUUUUAUGUUUCAAUCCUGCCGUCCCACCGUUUAUACUUAAGUGAAAUGGUUUUCAAGUACGUGAAUCAUGACCUAAUUACGCAAUUGUAACGAGUGUCAGAGCAUGAAGAGGAAAAUUUCAUUUUUGUUCUAUUUUUCCGAGGCAAAAUAUUGUAGAUGCUGAGUGCCCGUGGUUCACGUAUACAACGUUUUUUCUUGCAUGAUUCCAGUAGCGAAACGAAUGCGACAAACGACUAAAGGCGUGGGGUAAUUUGGCACACGGUGCUAAAACAACGCAUUUUUCAACUAUGUAAAAGAUGAAGUCGCACACGAUUUUUCAAUACUAAAAUUUUGUAAAAGGAGUCAUUAAGUCGAUGACAUGGCUAAAAAGCAUUUGCAGCAACCAACUUGCGUAUGCGAGUUCACCGUUUACGUAGUUUAAAAGUGCGUUCUUUUGGCACUGUGUGCCAGAUUUCCGAUACCAUUUUGACCAAGGUUCUGAAAGAACAAGUAAAGACAGCCACGAAGACGGUAUACACCGAAAUUAAUAAACGCACUUAGUAGAGAUUGGGUGUGAAAACUUGAGCACUUGAAGAAAAUGUUUUUUAAGAAAAUUCGAAUUUUCGUUUUUGUUAAGUUGCCCUUUUCAUAAAAAUUUCGCAGCCGUUGACACAAAUUAUGUGUCACCGCCUUCGUGUUCAGAGUUUUCUUAACCUGUUCUUUGAGAACCUUGAUUUUGAAAUCGAUUCGAUUUCUUCUUGAUGUAAGAACUACUACUGGAACUAUGCAAAAAAACAUCAUUUCACACACCGACCGAAGUAGACCAAAGAUUUAUUGCCUUAAAUUAAUAGACAAAAAAACUUAUACAAAUUAAUUGACAAACUAAAAAAAAUUUCGGCUUUUUUGAGCAUUUAAAUUUUGAACAGACAAAACGAUCUAUUUUCUAAACUAAUGACUGAAUUUCUAUCCAGUGUGUGCCUAAUCGAUCAAAUUAACACGUCCACUUUAAAUUGUUUUUUUUCCCUAAAAAGUCCUAUUGUAGUGUUAUAAGUGGAUUUUUAACUUCAUAUCCAGAGAACAGAUGGCGGUCAGAAGCAACGCCAUCUAUUAUCAUCUCUAUGACUUCAUUAGACGAAUGCGUUAUGGACACGGAUACUUAAUUUGACUGUAAACAAGUGCACUAAAGGCUCAACUAAUUGAUAUCAGAAGCAGUGCGAUAAAAUGUUCUAUACCAGGAGUUAAUACUUACUUCUGACAUCGAGCUGCAAAGUAAAGUACUUUAUUGUAUACGCGAUGAUAAAUCUCACUUUAACUGCAAUUUUUUGACACGGUAAAUGUGACAACAACGGUUGUUAAAAACGUAAUACAUAUCGUGCACCCAAUAAAGUACUUAGAAGUUCGAGAAAGAUUUACUGCACUCAGAGAAAUGUUAGGUUGGUACAACACAUGCGACGAUAUAGCUGUCAUUUACAUGUUCCUUCCAUUCCUGCUAUCUCGCCACAUGUAUACCAAUUUAACAUUUCUCUGACUGCACUCUAAAGUGGUGACAGGUGCAGCUAUCAUAUAUUCACACCGAAGUGUUUUAUGUUUUAUCGGCUAAUUAUGUGUGGUAGUUUCGUCGAAAUCCUACAACAACGAACCUCACCCCACAUAAGUCACUGUUUACCGACAACAAAAAUAUAGCUAACAUUUGCCACAUAUCAAGAGGCCCCGACAAAAAAGCUCUCAAAAUAGAUCAAGUGUGAGUAACUGUAAGCCCGAACGCUGACACCAUCGAAAACCCUAACCUCAACUCUUUGAAAAAAAAAAUGGAAUUUUUGAGCUUUCACUUAAUUUUGUGUUUUGUCCGGAUCUAAAAACGUUAAAAUUCAGAUUUCCGAUGCCUGCUCAUUUUCGCCGCAUAUAUUAUCAGGUUGGUUAGGUAUUCUGUCGAUGAUUUUUGACAUUCCGAAUAACCUUCGACCUGAUCUAUAAGUGUGGUGAGUUGAUCAUGCAGGCGGUGAAACACAAAGUUUGACAAUUUAGACAUAUUACAGAUUGUGUAAAAUGUCAACUUGAUAAAAAAAAAAUCUUCAACUUUUCUUUUCGCACAAUCUUUAAUGAGUUUAACAAAACGUGGCUAAAUUGUCAAGAUUAGUGUUUCACCCGCCGUCGUAAGUGUCUUAACCUGUUCUUUCAGAACCAGGUGCUAGUGUUAGCUUCGUGCGAAUUACAUUUUUCUCAUGAUUCGCUUCACAUGCACGAAGCCAAGGCUAGAGACCACUGUCUGUUGGGGCGUGUGAAAUAAUGUUAGCGAUUGUUGUUAACAUCGUCAGACUAUUCGAAACGAUGUUAUAUCAAUGAAAUUUCAUUUUUCUUAUAAUUCGCCAAUUGUACAUGUCACCUUUUUGCAUUUAUGUAUUCAUAUUACCGCCUUGUUUAUGAACAAGCCACUUUAUAGAUUAUGUCACUAACGUAACCUUAUCUCAUCUGCGCACAUACAUUUGCAUUUUCUUCUUAUUUUCAUUUUAUUAACAAAAUCUAAUCACAAAAGCGAUAAAUUUCCGUCAUUUUAUAUUGGAAGUGUUAUCAAAUUAUCGAUUUACAUUAUUAAUAUAAUAUCGACAUACUAUUCAAAGAGUGCCCUUAUUAACUUAGAGUUAUAUGAAACGAAGAAGCCUUAUGAUAAUAAUAAAAACUUGUUCAAAAUUAGAAUAAUAUUUUUUGAAUAUGAGAAUGAAUUUCUUUUUUUUGUAAUUACACCAGAGAAAUGAGAGACGUGUUGUCUCUUACUCGGCUCCCAGCCAAGAAGCGCCGUUUUUCAUUUCUCUGAAUUACACCCAAUAAGUUAACAUUUUUUCGAUGAAAUUGUGCUUUUAGCU